UAUCAGCAUGGAUAAAAAUGAGCUGGUGCAGAAGGCCAAGCUGGCUGAGCAGGCUGAAAGAUAUGAUGACAUGGCAAGUUGCAUGAAAUCUGUGACUGAGCAAGGAGCUGAGUUGUCCAACGAAGAGAGGAAUCUUCUCUCUGUUGCCUAUAAAAAUGUUGUAGGAGCUCGUAGGUCAUCUUGGAGAGUCGUCUCAAGUAUUGAACAAAAGACGGAAGGCGCUGAGAAAAAACAGCAGAUGGCUCGAGAAUACAGAGAGAAAAUUGAGACUGAGCUAAGAGACAUCUGCAAUGAUGUGCUGUCUCUGUUGGAAAAGUUCUUGAUCCCUAAUGCUUCGCAAGCAGAAAGCAAAGUUUUCUAUUUGAAAAUGAAAGGAGACUACUACCGUUACUUGGCUGAGGUUGCUGCUGGAGAUGACAAGAAAGGUAUUGUAUGUCAGCUUGUGGCUGAAUCUUACCAAAUUAGAUUGCUUUUGGUGGGGCAGUGACAUGACUCUUAUCUUAGAAUUAUUCUGAUUUGGAUGUAAAUUUCUUUAGUAACAGGCUUUCUGUUUGCUAAAGAAAAAUCAUAGGUCGUUGCCUUUCAGAUGAGUUCUGAAAGUUCCCAUGUACCUGCCAUAUGAA